AUGAAUAACAAAGAAUCUACUGAUACAUCAUUCACGGAAACGAAUAAUUCAAAGCUGAACAAACGAAAAGGUUUACUAGAGGAUGAUUUUUUCUCAUUAAGUGGUGGUCCAUUAGGUUCAAGAAAGAAAAAGAAGACAAAAACCAAGUUACUGCCAAAAUCAAGCUCACCGACUUCAAAUAAUCCUGAUUUAUCGAUACACAUACAAACAGAAGAACCUGUCGCUGUAAAAACAGAAUCUUUCACGGAAACUAAAUUAAUAACACCAAAAUCAUCCUUUACAGAAACUAAAGACUCGGAGACAACGAUUAAAACUAAUUCACCCACAGUCCUAGAUAAAGAAAAAAUGAGAAGAGAGAUCGAAUCGCAAAUAAAUUUGAAGAGAGAUCCAAAACAAGCUUCAGCUCCAGUACUAGACGAUUCAGAUGACUCAGAUGAUGAUUUGAUUCCAAGAAAUAAAAGAUCACCUUCAAUACCAUCAGCAUCACCAUCAACAAAUACCAAUGAAUCAUCCACUGAAUACAAGUUUACAGAGGCAAAUGAAAAGAAAAGAAAAUACAUCAUCAGAGUUACAACAAAAUUACCAGUUCCGGAAAAUGUGACUGCUCAAGUUGACCUUGGUUGUAAGGGACUUAAAUCAUUUGCAAAAAUUUUGGAGUCUUCAGUUGAAUUUUUUAAAAAGACUUAUGAGAAACUGCUACCUCAAGUAUAUUUAGAUCGAUACAACAAGGAGUAUAGUAGUUUGGUAUGGCUCGAGGGUAAAACCUUGAUUCACUCCUUUUAUUCACCAAAGACUUUAAGAAUCCCACCACCAGGAGGUCAAUUCAAUUCAUUAGUUGAUAAAAUUGAAACAUUGAGUCCGACAUUAGUUCUGGUGCUAUUAAUACCUAGGACCAAUAGUGAGAAUUUUAUGCAUGUUUUUCCUGAAUUUAGCAAAGAACCUGAAGUGGAAGAACCGCCUUCAGUUGAUAUAAUCGAGAAAGAAGACAUUGAGGAGUCAAGUAGUGAAGAUGAAGCUGAUCCAAACAUUAUGCCGGACGAGCCAUCAAAUGCAGAGGCAAUUGAAGUCGAAGAUGGAGUCUUUUCGGUCGGUUUAAAGGGUAAAGAUAAUAAGAAAAUAUCGUGCAAAGUUACACCUGAUACGAAACUAAAAAACCUUUUAGCAUUCUAUAUACAAAAAAAAGGUUUAGUGGUUUCUGAGGACAAAAUACAAAAUGCCAGAUUGAUUUUUGAUGACGAGGAAAUGAAUUUGAACGAAACAGUUGGUGACACGGAACUUGAAGACGAUUUUGAAAUUCAAGUUAUCAUAUAA